GCAAAGUGAGGCUUAGGGCUCGCCGAUGGAGAAAGUGUUGUGCGCUGCGCAUGGGCAUCCUUGCUUUUUGAAGACCGGUAUCCGGGAUGGCCCAAACAAAGGCAAAAGUUUUUAUGUGUGUGGAAUCCAAAGCCAGCAACCAUGUGGAUUUGCACUCCCCACAGAGCUUUGCCCUUCUCAUUGCUUGGUGCAUGAAGAGUACAUUGUGGACCUGCAAGUUUUGCUAAAGCAACAGAAGGUGGAUACGUACAAGCUGUUCUAUCGAUGCAGUCAAGCUAAACUGGAAGGAAAGAAGUGGUGUGGAAGUGUCCCAUGGCAGGACUCAAAAGCCACCAGACUGCCAACUAAAGCACAAUCUCAGCACACUUUGGAAUUGCUUCAUGGUCAUCAAGCUCAAAGAAAUCCAUUCAAAGUACUAAACAAGAAUCAUGAAACAGACUCAUUGAGAGAAACAAAAGGCAGCGGGGACGGAAAUUCAGCAAAAAAAGAAAUGGAGAAAAGAGAGGCUCAAGACUCUGAAGGAAAGGAUCGGCAGAAGUUAUCAUCUGAAUCUAUUAGGAAUGAGCUCCCAGCAGCCAUGAAGAUCAAGAACAAACAGCCUGGAGAAAAAUGUGCAAGUUCACACAGGGAAACCCAAACAAAAUCAAGUGAGCCCACAACUGAAAUGGGGGUGAAAAUAUCGUUGGAUGCAUACAAAUGUAGUUCUAGAGAAAAGUAUGAGAUGCCCUCUGGUCGCACAGGACAGGAUUCAGCUGUGAGGUCUACUGAACAGGGUUUGCCAAAAGGAGAGAGACCAAAGCAAUCACUGCCAGGUUUCAGUAGCCAACCAGCAAGCGCAAAGCCCAUUCAUGAGGACCAGUGCCAAAAGGGAGGAUCAGAAACCUGCAGGGACGAAAGAGUAACAAUGAAAUCAAGUGGCAGUUGGAGAACGGAAGAGUGUUUCCCAACGGUGCACCCUAAAGCAAACCUAGAGAAACUAUCAACAGUAGUACAGACAGGAAUAGCUCUGGAAGAGAGGAUCUGUACCAGUAAAAAUGUUUGUGGUGAUGAGCACGAUGUAUCUGUGUCCUCCAAACCUCCCAUUGGGCAGGGAUCCAUUUUCCAACAGGGAAACGAUCACCAUCAGAGGAAUUUGUCUUCUGUGUCUCCGGAAACAACCUCCCUGCAGAGGGAAGAAAAUGUGGAUUCCCAAGCUCUUCACAGCCAACUUUCAGCUCAGCUGAAAGAGAAAAAGAGAACUUUGAAACUGGUGAACGUGCAGGCUCUGCCAGAUAAAGGCGAACGGUUAUUAAAACAGGUGCAUGACCUGGAAGCUGCACUUAGCUCUCUGAACCUGGAAGCAGAAGGAGGUGUAAAAGGAGCUGGCGUUGGUGCAGCAGAAGGUUUGAGCAGUAUGAGGAGUGCAGAGAUACAGCGCAAUCCAUUCAGCAAGACCACUCUAGAGCAGCCAUGCAGUGUGAUGAGGAAAGGACCACACCCGUUCCAGGAGUAUCGUGCAGCCAGCUCCUUAGAGAUCCAUCCUCCUUUGGGAUCUAGACAGAACUGCAGUAAUGCUUCCAGAGAGGACUCCCAUAUGGAGGCCCUUUAUGGAGGCCGGAUGACUGAAGAUCGUGUCCAGGCUGUGUACAAUGCCACAAGUGAUGCGAUUAACCAGCUCCACAAAACCCUUGAAUCUUGCCCCACGGAGAAGACAGUGGUUGAAGAUCCACCUGAAUUGAAGGUCUCCCUGCUGCUGCAUCAGAAACAGGCGCUUGCAUGGCUCAUAUGGAGGGAGAAUCAGGAACCACAUGGAGGAAUUCUGGCGGACGAUAUGGGCUUAGGGAAAACUUUAACUAUGAUUGCUCUUGUCUUGACCCAAAAGACUUUACAGAAAGAGAAGGGGAAAGAGAAGAAACUAGAGCUGUGGAUGUCAAGGCAAGAUUCCCGUGUUAUCUUUUCCCACGGCACUCUGAUUGUCUGCCCUGCGUCGCUGAUCCAUCACUGGAAAAAGGAGGCUGAAAGACAUGUAAGAAAUGGUAAACUGAAAGUCUGCCUGUAUCAUGGACCCAACCGAAUGAAGAGUACUACUGCCCUUGCUGGGUUUGACAUGGUUGUCACUACAUAUAGUAUUCUAGCCAAGGAAAUUCCCACACAAAAAGAAGAAGCAGACGUUGCAGCCAAAGACUAUACAGUAGAGGAUAAAUCACUUCCCUUCUCUCCCCUGCUGUGGAUACACUGGGCCCGAAUUAUACUGGAUGAGGCCCACAACAUCAAAAACCCCAAAGUGCAGGCCUCAAUAGCUGCUUGUAAACUGAAAGCUACUGCCAGAUGGGCUGUCACGGGCACGCCCAUUCAGAACAACCUCUUAGAUAUGUAUUCUCUGCUGAGAUUCCUUCGCUGCUCUCCUUUCGAUGAAUUCAAGGUGUGGAAGACUCAGGUGGAUAAUAACACAAGAAAAGGAGGCGAGAGGUUGGCCAUUUUAACCCGGAGCCUUUUACUGCGAAGAACUAAGGACCAGCUGGACUCGUCUGGAAAGCCUCUGGUACCACUGCCUCAGCGUCGCACUCGACUGCACACAUUAAAACUGUCAGAAGGUGAACAGUCAGUGUAUGAUGUGCUGUUUGCAAGAUCACGGUCAACACUCCAAUCCUACCUUAAGCGGCAGGAGGCCCAGCAUACAGGGAAAGCUGGGGAGAACCCAUUUGACAAAGGAGCACAGCAGUUUAGACUUGGUCAACCAAACUCCUUGGAAAAGACUGGCAAAGAUCUUCCUCCCAUCUCCACGACCAUUCACAUCCUGUCCCUGUUGCUGAGGCUCCGUCAGUGCUGCUGUCAUCUUUCCCUACUAAAAGUGGCUCUGGACCAGGCUAACCUGAACAGCGAAGGCAUCUCUCUCACACUGGAAGAACAGCUCAGUGCCUUGACCUUGUCUGAACCAGAGAGCAGUGACCCUCAGUCUAUGGUGUACCUCUUUGGUACUGGUUUCAGUGUGGAUCUCUUUGAAACUACCAGGCAGAGCACCAAGCUAUCGCAUCUCUUGGAAGAGCUGAAGGCUAUCCAAAGGAAUUCCCAAAAAAGUGUCAUUGUGUCCCAGUGGACUAGUAUGUUGAAGGUCGUGGCGGGACACCUUCAGAGGCUUGGCCUGAGAUACGCCACAGUGGAUGGCUCUGUAAACCCUAAGCAGAGGAUGGAUGUGGUUGAGGAAUUCAACAGUAAUCCUAGAGGACCUGAGGUGAUGUUGAUCUCUCUCCUGGCUGGGGGCGUUGGCCUUAAUCUGGUAGGAGGAAACCAUCUCUUCCUCCUUGACAUGCAUUGGAAUCCAGCCCUGGAGGAUCAAGCCUGUGACCGUAUUUACCGUGUGGGGCAGCGAAACGAUGUCAUGAUUCACAGGUUUGUCUGUGAAGGGACAGUAGAAGAGAAGAUCUCGGAGCUACAAACCAAGAAAAAAGAGCUGGCCCAAAAAGUGCUGUCCGGAAAAGGAGACUCCUUCACAAAGCUCACCUUGGCAGACCUCAAACUCCUUUUUGGCAUUUAACUGUUGCUUCCCCCUCCCAUCCCUAUAUGCAGAAAUCAUAUGUGUGCCUUUUUAAAAGUUGACUAUCGUGUAUUAAUAAAUACUGGGUCAGUGCUACUGCACAAGUUGCCUUGUCUCGUUCUUUGUUAGCAUGCUGUCUAGGAGGAA